UUCUGCCAAUUUUAUGUUUUUUCUACAUAAUUUGUAAGAUUAGUUUUGAAAAAUGGAAUGUGCCAGUAGUACCGAUUCCUCUAACUGAAAAUAACUAGAAGACGCUGCAAUAUGUAUACAAAUAUUGGAAAAUAAAGCAAGUCAUAGAGCAAUAUGGAACUGGAAGCCGAUCCAUACAGAUCUCACAUUUACUUCCGGAUGCAAAAAGAAGAUUUUGAGUUUUUGCACGAUUUGAAUAAAGAUCGACUUGCCGAAAAAGAUAAUUUUUUUAGAAAAAGUAUUGUUACUAGAGAAAGACUGGCAGUAUCUUUAAGAUCGAAUCAGAAGAUCAGAACCCUCUACCUGCAGGAACACCAAAAAGACAAAACCAACGAAAAAAGAACUCGAAGAAACCAAAUUAUUAUCUCUUGCUGCCUGCAACUAUCUGUCAAAGGAUGGUUGUUUGAAGCAAAAUUGGGAACUCUACACAGAGACUCCGUAAAAAUUAAUUAUUCAAAUCAUAACCUUUCACCAUGUUCAACAUCGGCUCAAAGUUGGGCACCUACCUCCAACCACAGCAUGGGUUAUUCGUAUUCAACUACUUCGACACCUCUACAAUCACUCCAACCCCAAGAUCAGUAUGUUUUAGAAUGUUUAGAAACACAACCGCUACACCAACAACCACAACAACAAACUCCUGGAUACCCUCAGAAUUCAUCACUACAAAAAUAUAGUAGAAUAUAA